GCAUGUAAUAUCACCAAGCACCAAAAUACCAAAGCAGUACGUUAUGGACUUAAUAGCAAUUCUCAAGUUGAAUACUAUCGACUGGACCCACGAGAUACAGCUCAUCAUAUGUGCCUGUUUCCUUGCUAUUAUCAUUGUCAAAUCUAUCAUGAUCAUCAGCGACAAAUUAAUCUACUCCCCAGCGUACAAUUCCGCUGUAAAUAAUUUCGUUCCAUAUAUUUAUCAGCCGUCCCCGCGACUGAGAAAGGGUCCGGUUGGACUAUCUGCUUAGCGCUCGUCUAUCGCAUCGGCAUUAGUCUAAGAUAUUUACUUAAAUCGCCAACAAGAUGAGAGCAGAUGCAAGGGACAGCAGCUAGAAAAGGGCUAGGUCGUUUUCGAGGAAUAGAGUAUAUUAAUUUAACAGACUCUCUGAAACAGAGUGGCAUUUUUUGAUUCCUUUACGUCUAUAUAUGACUAAAGCUUUAUACCAGACGAGAAACAAGUGUUAGGUAUCAUUGAAAUACUUGACGUCCACCUUAUAUCACAUAUCAGUUAGAUAACGUAUUCUUAUUUCUACAUUUAAUAUAUGCACCGGUUGUAUAAGCCAGCAGUCGUUUCACAUCUUCUGAUGAUUCCUGAUAUCUGAUAGAUCU